AAGGGCGGAGCGAGCCGGGGCCGGGGCCGGGGCCGGGGCCGAGGCCGGGGCCAGGGCGGGCUCCGGCUCCGGCCGCCGCCCACACAGGGCACCUUCCCCAGCCAUGUCCCCCAACUACAUCCGGAGCUUCUCGGAGGGAUGUCUCAGGCCGCCAACGGUAAUUGGUCAAUUCCACACUCUUUUUUUUGGCUCAAUUCGAAUGUUUUUCCUUGGUGUUUUGGGCUUUGCUGUUUAUGGAAAUGAGGCCUUGCAUUUCAGCUGUGACCCAGACAAGAGAGAGGUUAAUCUUUUCUGUUACAACCAGUUCAGACCGAUAACUCCUCAGGUUUUCUGGGCAUUACAGCUGGUGAUUGUACUGGUACCUGGAGCCUUUUUUCACCUUUAUGCUGCUUGUAAGAGCAUCAAACAGGAAGAUAUUCUCCAAAAGUCAUCCUACACCGGUUUUUAUAUAUUCUCUGUUUUCUUAAGGAUUGUCCUUGAAGUUGUGGCUUUUUGGCUUCAGAUUCAGCUCUUUGGUUUCAAAGUGAACGCAAUCUACAUGUGUGAUGUGGGAGCACUUGAAAAAAAGUUUAACAUUACCCGGUGCAUGGUGCCAGAGCACUUUGAAAAGACGAUUUUUCUUAUUGCAAUGUACACAUUUACUGUGAUUACAGUGAUCUUGUGUGUUGCUGAAAUUUUUGAGAUCUCAUGUAGAAGGCUAGGUUUCUUAAAAACUCAGUGAUGUCAACCACACGUACUCAUUUACCGCCCUGUCCACCUACAGUCUUGUAACAAUGAUUUCAAACCACAAAUCACAAAUCAUCUCCUGGCCUCUAUGCAGUGUUGCAGAGGAGAACCACACUUAAUAUUACUGAGGCAGAAUAGUCAUUUGACCUGAACUCCUUAUCUAAAACACUGUUUUAGAAUAAUCUUUGUUUCCAUGUCAAGGCCAAAGGCACUGAGGUCUCCAAGAGCAAUAUAUUUUCAUGACCUGCCACAUACGAUAGUUCUGCCUCCAGGGGAGUGUCUGUGUGUGUGGAGAAGGUUAUUUAUAAACACACUUCUAUUCACAACUUUUCUGAACACAUGCCAUUGGAGCUAAUAAGGUCAUUGCCCUUUCAGGAAAAACUAUUGCAAAUUUCUUACAUGUUCUUAUGGCUUGAGAAUUGAGCAAUAAUGGUGGAUACUCUCUGGGUACCAGAAAGCAUUCAAGCAUCUUCCCAAGCAGUGCCACUGAGAUGCAACCUGCAUCUCAGCCCCCAGGGGCAGAGACUCCUGGUUAGGCUGUGGUGACAACAUAUCCAUGGAUACCAGCUUCACUCUGCAGAGGCUCAGCUACUGUCACCUGCUGGCUCAGAAUCUCCUUCUAAAAGUGAAAGAGUAGCAUGGUAUUCUUUGUGCUGACUGCAAUGCCUUACCCUCCUGUUUUGGCUUACCACGCAGAAGAUUUUUACCAAUUUAGUAUGAUCACAUUUUGAAGGAGGAAAAGGGCUUCUUGACAAUUUUGCUUAAGUGGCUUAGAAGUGUCAAAAUAAAAUCUCGGAAAAAAGCCAUUCCUAGGCCCAAUCAUGACUUGAUUUCAGUGAGUUUUGCUUGUGUGUGACUGUGGAAUUGAGCCCACAGAAUUUUCUGCUGUUUGUGUCACAUCUAACUUCUUCUUGCUGUGACUAAAGUUGCUAGAAUAACAAUGAAAAAAGAAGUCUGCAUAUUAAAAUUAUUCUAUGCAGUAAGUGCAUUUGGUUAGGUUAGGUGUCAAAGGUAUAUAGGUAUCAGAUGUUUUUGUGUGCAACAGUUUCUUCUUAAGAGCUAAUAAACAUAUUUAGAAGUGAUUUCCUUGUGCUGAAGUGAGAUAAUGGAAAUAAAAAAGAUUUCAGAAUCAGAAAGAAAGGAGAAGGUAGUUUCCUGUAUAAAAUAUCUACACACAGCAAUAAUAACAAUCAGCCAUUUUCCAUUCCUUUUUCAAAUAUAAAAAGCUGGGAUCCUGAUAACAGAAUUUGGGUCAUUUCAGAAAUGUUUAGAAAAGUCUGGAAAAAUUCUUACCAAAUGUUUUACCACCAAGUGUUAGUUAAUAAGUCCCAAACACAGUUGAAUUAUCAUAGCCUUGCAAUUCUCACCCACAAAAGUAAUCCUGAUCACACAAAUGGCAUUGAAAGUUUUAGGUGUCUUGGAUUUGAUUGAAUCUGGGCCAUGUAAAACAAAGUGAGCUAAAACUAGGUGUGUGAUUUUUUUUUAAUAUGCUGAUCAAGAACAAGAUGAUAUAUUUCAAUAUAUUAAAGCAUUAAUAUUAUUUUUCCCCCAUGGAAAUAAGUUACAUGUCGUAAAUAAAUGUCCAGUCAAAGCUAUCAGAUUUAUGCAAUAUUAAAUUAAUUAUUUGAUAUUUGCAAGCAUUGCAAGUGGAAUAAAAAUCACUGUGCUAACUUCUUGUUUGCAUAAUAUGCCAUGUUCUUUGGUUAAUACAUGUUUAAUUUUUCACUGUAUAUGUCAAUAUCCAUCUGGAAUUAUUAUUGCAAACUGAAACUUGUAAUCUCAGGUAAAAAAAAUUUUUAUUUAUAAAAAAAUACAGCAUAUAGAACUACUAAGAAAAAUAAUUUACUUUCACGUGCCAGGUACAGUUGUUAUCAAUGGUAUACAAAUGCCACUUAAUCAGUUAUUUGUAUAAUAAUAAAAUAACUUAAUCACAA